AUGGUGGACACGGGUGAAGACUACUUUUUGCCAGUAGAAGGCCAACGAGUAUUUGGUGCAGGUAUCAAACAUAAGCGAAUCGCUUUUGUACCUGCUUCUGCCGAAUCCUCCACCUCAACAACCACCGCACCCACGUCGACCAACGCUGGCUCUCACUAUCUGUCGAUCGUUCUCCCCAAAGAAACUGAAGAGGCGGCGAAGCGUAGCAAAAUUGAUUCGGAAGAGAAAUCCAUUGAAAUCGGAGCAGAAACAUGCGCGGUCUGCAAGCAGCCCAUCUCGUCUACAAAUGAUAAAGUUGCAAUCAACAGCCACGAGUCCUCCAUAGCACAUCAAGUCUGUCUCGAGCACUCACAUCCGCCGUCACAUUUGGACCGAAACCAUGUGGGUGUCAAAUAUCUAACAACCUACGGAUGGGAUCCAAACAGCAGGAAAGGAUUAGGCGCCAGGCAGGAAGGAAUCAGAAUACCCAUCAAAGCCAAGGAAAAGCACGAUACUGUAGGGCUUAGAGAAACCGGUGAAGACGAUGACAAACAUGCGACGAAGAGGAAGAAGAAUGUCCCGGCGAAGAAAGAGGAUAAAAUUGUAAAACUCAAUGCCAAACAGGUCAGAAUUCAGGAAAUGGAAACCAAGAAAAGAACCGAGAAAUUGCGACAAUCGUUUUACGGACCAGAUUUGGAGAAAUACCUGGGUCCAAAUGGCUGA